AAAACAGAAAGAACAGUAGCUUCAAAUACCAUUCAAGAUCACGUGCACGGCACGCUCAAGAACUUUCCCGCCAAAGGAACGCUUUAUGAAAGCAACGAACUGAAACCAACUUACCUACCUCGCCACUGUUCUCAAAGGAGUCCCGCCAACACCAGAGUCCACAUUCCCCAUUCACAGCUUAAGAUUCUCGCUCCCUCUCUCUCUCUCUCUCAAGAAAAUGCAGCAGAGAACCACGGGGUCGUCUCGAGGGCCUUAUCGGGACGACGACUUCAUCGAUGUUGAGGCGCAACUGGAAGUGAAGCAAAGGCAGCCUUCUUGGAGAAGAAGAAUGGAAGAUAUGGACCAGCACGGGCUUCCCAUUUCUGAUCACGACCCUCGCAACAUCGGCAAGAGAGAGACCGCCCAAUCCCGAUACGCGGAGAAGUGGCUCCACGCGAUUCCUCUGAUUGUGUUGCUCUGCUUCUUCAUUCUCUGGUGGUUCAGUUACCCCGUGCAUUUGGUGAUCAAAGAUGGGAGCAUCACAGCAAUACAUCGAAUUGAGAUUUCACGGGAAUUCAACGAGACUCGCAUAGAUCUUGCACUACUCGCAUCAGCCAGUUCACCUGGAGCAUGGAGUUUUCAGAAAUUUACCAGGACUGAUGUGACAGAGGCUCCAAACAACUACCAAAGUGGAUUUGGUGAUCAACAAUGGAGGAGCCGUGGCUUGAUGCGCCCAGUUGAGAUUUCAUGGGGAUUCAACGAUACUCUCAUAAAUCCUGCACUACUGGCAUUGGCUGCCUUGCCUAGAGCAUCAAAUUUUCAGAAUUUUAUCAGGACUAAUGAGACUGAAGCUCCAAAGGCCAACCAAAGGUACUUACUAUAGCUAUUGUGCCUACCAAAGGAAAAUACAUCAGACUGCUCUCUCUCAAAAUUUACCUGCAAUAUGUGAUUCUUCGAGCUGGUUCAGCAAUCAAAUGUCUGAGGAUCUAGAAAUGUAUACAUGUUGCUUCCGGCUUGUAUCACUAAAAAAUGUCAAACUCUUUUUUGUCCUUAUUCACGGUAAAGGAAAUAGCAGUCAUCACUUUGCAUCUAGGAAACACAUGACCAAGCGUUGUGGAAUUCAUGUCACUCUUUCAGUUUUUCUGAAUUCUGAUCAACACAGAAAUUGCAGUGACCUGUGUUGACUAUUCAAUGA